CAUUUUAUCACAAAAUCAUUCUUUUUAAUAAUACAUUUACGAUUCAAAACUUGAUGGCGCAUGCACCGUAGAAAGAUUAAGUGGAGCAAGGGCACAUGAUCACGGUAAAAGUCAUCUUCAGUUCGUUUAGUUGUAAUACAAGGUUUUAAUUGAAGUGGGGCCCAAAUAAUAACCGCAAAAUUAAACGAUUUGACUGUUCUGUCACUCAUGUGUCACGAGUAAAAAAAUUUUUUAACGCGUCACGUUUUUAUCGCGGCGUUGUGUAAAAGUCUUUUAAAUGACCUAGCCAGAGAGGACGUGGGUCGGUUAUCCUCUAUUUUUAAGGGAGCUUUUUGUAUUGAAAAGUGUGUUUCUCGGGGCCUGGGGACGGUGAAGGAUGAUCAGAACCACCGCUGUACGUAAUUUAUUGGUGAGGGGCACUUCAAGACACGAAGCUAGGACGUGUUUUCUCAAAGCUUUUAGUGUGGAAUGCGUUCGAAAAAAAUCUAGCAACACAAAAGGAUUAUUUUCGAGAACGAAUCAAUCGUUACAAUGGGAACCGAGGUUGGCGAGAUUUUACGCGGAUUAUCCGACGCACAUAAAAGUCUCUUUGCCCGCUUUAUCGCCUACAAUGGAAGAGGGUACGAUAAUAAGUUGGGCGAAAAAGGAAGGUGAUAAAUUAAACGAGGGCGAUUUACUCGCGGAAAUUGAAACUGACAAAGCUACGAUGGCUUUUGAAACGCCUGAGGAAGGUUAUUUAGCUAAAAUACUCAUUGCAGCGGGAACUAAGGGAAUUCCCGUUGGAAGGCUUGUUUGUAUAAUUGUGGAGAAGCAAGAAGAUGUGGGUGCGUUUAAAGAUUUUAAAGAUGAUGGAGCGGCGAUUGCUCCUAAAGCUAAAGCACCUUCAGCACCGUCUGCGGCAGCCCCAGCUGCAGCAGCACCACCUCCUGCAGCAGCACCAGCUACAGCUGCACCUCCACAACCAAUUUCGCCGGCGGAUCCAACUGCAAGAGUUUAUGCUAGUCCGAUGGCGAAACGAUUGGCGGAACAAAGACAAAUUCGUCUUCAAGGAAAAGGUACUGGAUUAUUUGGGUCCAUAACCUCUAAAGACUUGGGUUCAUUACCAGCAGGAGCGGCGGCGGCAGCUCCCAGUGGUAAACCAGGGUAUGCAGUUCCAACAGGACCUAUUCCAGGAGCAGGGGGGGCACCUUCAGCUUUUGUCGAUUUGCCAGUUUCGGGAAUGCGGGCGACUAUCGCGAAAAGACUACUUCAAAGCAAACAAACCAUUCCGCACUUUUACGUCUCAGGUCACAUCAACGUUGAUAAAUUGUUAGCGGCGAGGGCGAUAUUUAACAAAUCACUUGAAAAGGAUAAAAUUAAAAUUAGCGUUAACGACCUUAUUAUUAAAGCUUGCGCUUUUGCUUGUAUGAAAGUGCCAGAGGCAAAUUCGUAUUGGUUAGACACCGUUAUUAGACAACACACAAGUUGUGAUGUAAGCGUAGCCGUAUCCACUGAUAAAGGUCUUAUAACCCCGAUUGUAUUUGAAGCUAACCGUAAAGGUUUAGUUACAAUUAGCCAAGAAGUGAAAGCCUUAGCAGCAAAAGCCAGAGCUGGAAAACUCCAACCAGCCGAGUACCAAGGCGGAACCUUCACCAUCUCCAAUUUAGGAAUGUUUAAUACAACAAAUUUUAGUGCCAUUAUUAAUCCACCCCAAAGCUGCAUUUUAGCAGUUGGAACUAGCACGAAAACAUUAAUUCCUGAUAAUUCUCCUAAAGGAUUUACAACAGCAAAUAUGAUGUGGGUCACUUUAAGCGCAGAUCAUAGGGUUGUUGAUGGAGCCGUGGCAGCUCAAUGGAUGCAGGUAUUCACUGCAGCUUGUACAAACCCCGAAACAAUGUUGUUAUAAACGAUAUAUACUGCCUUAAAAAAAAUUAAAAAGAAAUAAGAAAAAAAAGUUAAAUAAAACGUAAUAUGGAAUUAAGCUUGAUAUUUAUUUGAACUAUUUUAAGUGAAAUUUUAGGGCAACAAAUUUCUUUUUGUUAUUCAUUUUUAGAUUUAUUUUUAAUUACUACAAACAACUGGAACAAAGUUAAAGUGUAUGUUUUAGCUGAUUUUUUAGAUGCAAAGUUAAUUGAUUUAAAUUGUUACGAAAUCGCAUUUUAUCUCCUUUUUUUUUGUUACUGGUCAUGGUAUUUUUCCUUCCAAACUUAUAUAUAAAUGUUGAUUAUGAAUAAAAGACUUUAUAUGGUUUUAAA